GUCAUGCUGAAGUCAGUUAGCCGCGCGGUGCAGCUCGUAGCCCGGCUCUCCAGCUCCGUGCCGUCCGCUCCCGCCGUCAGACCCGCGCUGCGCCUCAGCAGAGGCUUCACCAGAUCCAUCUGGAGCCUGAGCCACAGCGGAGCGGCGUCCGGAUCCAGGCCGAGGCUGCUCACAGCGACGCGGGCUCUGCCCACAGUGUCGUGCGGCUGCGGGAGUCUGCACACCGAGGGUGAUAAAGUGUUUGCAGAGUUUCUCACUGAUGAAAUCAAAGAAGAAAAGAAGAUCCAGAAGAAUAAGACUCUUCCUAAAAUGUCCGGCGGCUGGGAGCUCGAGCUCAACGGCACAGAGGCCAAACUCAUCCGCUCUCUGUCCGGAGAAAAAGUCACCAUCACAUUCAACGUGAACAACAGCAUCCCGCCGCAGCUGGAGGAAGAUCCUGAGCACACGCAGCAGAAGAGUCAGGAGGAGGAGCCUGAAGUUGUCUCCACACCCAACUUUGUGGUUGAAGUGACAAAACCAGGAGCAAAGAAUUCACUAGUGUUUGACUGUCAUUUCCCCGAAGAUGAGCUCUUUGUCUCUGAGCAGACCGGUCACGGUGAGGGUGAGGAGGAGAGUGACAUCUUCGCCAUCCGUGAGGUCAGUUUCCAGCUGGAGGGAGACGCCGAGUGGAAGGAAACCAGUUACACGCUCAACACAGACUCUCUGGACUGGGCCCUGUAUGACCAUCUGAUGGACUUCCUGGCUGACCGCGGCGUUGACAACACGUUUGCGGAUGAGCUGAUGGAGUUGAGCACGGCCCUGGAGCAUCAGGAGUACAUCAAGUUCCUGGAAGAUCUCAGCACUUUCGUCAAAUGCAAAUAAUCUGUCUAGAUUUAUCGCAAACUUGAUACGUCUGGCUCAUGUGAUGACAGAAUGAAAAUGAAGGCAGAAGAGUUUUGUAUUUAAUUUUAUAUCAUGUUUUGAAGUUAUGGGCACACGGUUAUGUUUCAGAUGUCAUCGCUGGGGUUUACAGGAAUCAAGAAUGUGAACUAAACGUUCAUGAGAAAUAAAACUGAGGAAAUAUUGG